AUCAAUUGGCGUGCCAUACAAAACUAUGGCGAGCGACAGUGAGAGCGUCCGAGUGACAAUGCUCCGAGAAGUUUUACAUAAGAUAACGGUCAUUAUUGCUACGAAAUGCAACAAAAACGUUUCCUCGAUUACCAAAAAGGGUCCUGCAAUGGUUCGUCAGAGCACAAGACCAAUAUACGGAGACAUCUGUAUCCCUGGGGGAGUAGUAAAAAUGUAUCUCCCAACUGAACAGCAUGUAGAGGAGGUGAUUGAGGCAAUCAUGGCUGCCAGUGAAAGCUUAGACUUUCCAGUCCUUACCUGUUCACCAGCAGAGAAUGACUUCAUCAGUAUCAAACUCCAGAGGGCACCCACCUUUAGCCGGGUUAUUAAUCACAUCAUGAAGGAAGGGAAUGAGUACGGUCACCAGCGCUCUAGGAGAGAUAAAGCUGUGCUGCUCAAUGUUCCAGAGAUACCAAAGAGGGAGAAGGAGGAUGAUGGGGUCGGACUGUCUUCCUUGAGGCAACGUCUAUUAGCUCAACAUGUUUCUGCUCUUCUUGAAGCUAAUGGCUAUCAUGUUCAUCAAGGUUACAAUGUGAAUACAGGAAACCCUUCCUCUACAGUCGAUAAAAUUCUAGGGGAUAUCAUUCCAGAGGGGUCUCUUGGCAUCAGCUCUAGGGCAACAACAGAAAGAGAUCUGCCUCCUGGAUACCUUAAGGAACUCUCAACCUCCAAGUAUGUGUCAUCUGUUGCCUGCCAGACCGAUGAGGAAAGAGAUCAUCAACAGUCACCUGAUCAAUGUCAUCUGCAUUCAUCACAGGAUGGCUUCCCUAAACAGUGUUCUGUGGAUCUGGCUGCUGUGCUGAAACAUCAGAAACUGAGGAUAGGAAAAGGAGGAUAUAGCAAGAACAUGACAGAAGUGCAAUUAACAGACACAAGAGGAGUAGCAAGCCCGGUCCUCAAGCAGUGUGUGAACUUGAAGAAUGCAAUAGAAGAGAUGAAGUCAUCUGAUAAUCUGCAUAUUCUGCACGCGGUCCCAGCUAGCCAAGAGUUUCUACAGCAGCAGGUAGAUCUGACCAUGAGGGCACUGUCCCAAGAUGGCCAUUCCUCUGACCACUCUCAUCUCUGCUGCGCACCUGUUCAGCUGACUGGUGGCAAGAGACAGGGGAAGGGGAUGGACGUGGAAGAGUUCUAUGACAUCAGGUAUUCACAGAUGAGAGAGGCAUCAGUGAUGAAGUAUGGUGAUCAAGUGAAAGGUGAUUCUUGGAAUGACAUGAUCCAUUCUGUGACUGCUGCAGGAAUCAAGUUUGACAUCUUGGGAACACACUUCAGACAUCCUGUGAAGCUUGAUGUUGGUGAGAGGAACGAGAGCAACCCGUGGCCAGAUAACAGGAAUGGUGUCUUUGUGAUGUACAACUAUGCCAGACUCUCCACCCUCUUCACAAGGUUCCAAGAAGAGGUCCAUAAAGGUACAUAUCCAGCAUUGCCGCCUGUAGAAGACACAGACUUCUCAACCCUGAAAGAGGAAGCAGAGUGGAAGCUGCUCUUUUCUCACAUCCUUACUCUACCUGACGUAAUAUUAGAGUCAGUGGGAGAAAGGGUUACCACUCCUCAAGAGCUGGCGUGCAAGUUUGAAACUCAUAAGAUUUGCCGCUACCUUGUAUCACUCAGUCAGGAUCUGAGUACAUAUUACGGCAGAUUUCGAAUCUUAGUGGAACCCAGACCUCAUCUCCUGCCCACCAUGUUUGCCAGGAUCUACUUGUUAAAAGCAGUCCAUCAGGUUCUCGGCAACGGUCUAGCCCUCCUGAAGAUUACUCCGCUUACCCAGAUGUGAUCUGUCACUGACUGAGACCUACUACUCCAAAGACUGUUCUUGGACUGUUUAUGUUAACUCCAAGUAGAGACAAAUCUCAGAAUCAUAGAUGUGUCCUGGAACUACCUCAUCCCAAGUCACAUUGCGACAUAAACUCCGUACCGACUCUAAUGUCUGCAUUGUUAUGUGGAUAUUGUCAGAGAUGAGAUGGUAUUUACUACAAGGAUAAAUUCUGCAAGUGUGAUAUUUACCUAAGCAAUCUUUAAAAGGGCUCAUGGCAAGUGCCUAGUGCAGAGUAUCCUUCUUUUGGCCUUAUCGCCCUUUAACAGUCUUUACAUAGGCCUACAUAUACAAUUAAAGUAGUCCAUCAGAUUCUCAGCAAUGAUCUAGCCCUCCUGAAAAUCUCACAACAUACCCAGAUGUGAUCUGUCAUUGACAGAUAACCUACAUCUAAACAGAAUUUUUAUGCCUCAUCUACAAAGUAUCCGGAGGCAUUAUGUUUCUGGUUGUCCGUCCAUCCGUCCAUCCUGUUCUCGUGAUCGCGUUAUCUCAAGAACCGAAUCAUGGACUAUCGCCAAACUUGAAUCAUGUAUGUUUCUUGCAGAGCUAAUGAAGUGAUUAGAUUUUGGGGUCACAAGGUCAAAUGUCAAAGGUUACAGGGCUCAUUAUGUAUGAAAAAAUAGCUCAUGAUCGUGUUAUCUCAAGAACUGAUUGAUUUGAUUCCUGCCAAACUUGGGUCAUGUAUGUAUCUUGUAGAGCCAAUGAACUGAUUAGAUUUUGGGGUCACAAAGUCAAAGGGCUCAUUAGUCAUUAUGUAUGCACAAAUAGCUUGUGAUCGCAUUAUCAUGAGAACCUAAAGACAGAUUACUAUCGAACUCAAGACAUGUAUAUGUAUCUUGCAGAGUCAAUGAACUGAUUAAAUUUUAGGGUCAUCAGGUCAAAGGUAAUGAUGCUCAUUAAGGAUGCCUAUAAAUAGCUUUUGAAUGCAUUAUUAAAGACGACAGAUGGAUUACAAUCAAACUAGAAUUUUUAAAAAUUGCUCUAUGGCGGGGGCAUCAUUUUCGACUGUGUGCAGUCGAAGUUCCAUCUAGUUAAUGAUAUUUCUGUCCAUCCAACCAACAGUUGAGUCUCUGAAUCAUAGAUAUGUCUUGGAACUACUUUAACCUAAGUCACACUGCCAAUCAAACUCCAUACCUACUCCAAACCGACCAGUUCAGUGUAGUGAAAUGUUUUUAUUCAAUCUGCUGUUGAUAUGGUGUCUGCCUCAUUGGUUUGACUGGGGUCUUAUAGACAGAAAGGUGGAUAAUGUGCAAUGAUAAAAACACAUGGGACCACUCACCAGGCUCUCCAUGAAGCUAGUGAUAUUUUAGGGACAUCUUUUGACGAGGAUUGCUAUUUCUUUUUCAAAUAAUCUGAUGCCCUGGCUCAACAGUUUACAUGUGACUUGGAUCAUGAUAUGUUUUUUUUAAUGCUGUUUGGGAAAACUUCCUAAUAAAAUGCUCAUACAGCAAAUUUUUAAAAUUAAUAUUAAACAUCUGAAAGCUGCAAUUUUUUAAAGGAAUGCAUUAAUUUAGGCAAUAGAGGGCGUUUCAGCUUCAGAAGUGAUUUCCUCUGAAUUAGGUCUUCUAAAAUAAAGCACAACAUUAUUUGUUCUGUCAACCUGCAGAAUUGUAUGUGUGUUAUUCAUCUGCCAAAUGUAUGGGAAGGCCAAAAAUGAAAGAUCUAUUAUUCAGUGUAAAGGCAAAGGCAGUUUUAUGAAUAUAUAACUGACUUAUGAUUGGAAGUCAGCUUUCCAUCUGUUUUUAAUCCAAUAGCAAUCAGAAAUGUGUGUACAUUAUUCAUUUUCACAAUGUACAAAUGUGUAAGAUAUAUAUAUUCAUAAUAAAAUAUCAAGAAUUUAUACCUUCA